UAUUAUUAUUUUUCUUUUUCUUUUCGAAUAUUAUGAGCCAGAUCCCUCGGUUCCUAAUAUGUUGACUCCAUGUCACGGCUUCUGGAUUUCUCAAGCUCCGCCUUCUUCUAACUGUGCUGUUGAGACGCGUGAGGCAGGCAGUCAGGGCUGUAGCAUUUUUUUCUCUCGCUGUGUGUCAGCCCGGCUGAACACAUACAGUAAGACUAGGUAGCUAGUUGCACUUAACGGAAACGCACACAAAUUAGUGCUGUAUGCAGGCUGGUGCAUUUGAGCGGCCACCGGCUCCUUACUGACUCAUACCACGGGGACCAAACAUGGACCUAUUCGAGUUUGACUUCUUCAGGGACUGGGAAUUGGAGCAACAAUGUCAUUACGAGCAGGACCGCAGUGCACUCAAGAAGAAAGAGUGGGAGCGGAGGACUCAGGAAGUGCAGCAAGAUGAAGAUUUGUUCUCCUCUGGGUUUAAUCUGUUUGGGGAGCCAUACAAGAUAGAAGCAUCAAGUCACUCCACUUUGGGGGAGACCCACAACCCAGACCAUAAGACCAACAAAGGCGACGCCCUGGCGAACCGCGUUCAGAACACGCUGGGGAACUAUGACGAGAUGAAGGAGCUGAUUACCAACCACUCCAACCAGAGCCACCUGGUCGGAAUCCCCAAAAACUCGGUGCCGCAGACCCCAGUGGAGAAGGAGGACGAGCCCAGCUUUUUCCCCGAGGGGCAGAAGGGCAGGACGGCCCCCUCCCACCCAAGCCUGGGUCAGCCCGGCUCCUCCAUGCCUCCACCCGCUUCCUCCACCCUCUCCGGCUCUGCGCUCCUCCAACAGGGGGCCAAGAAGUCCCGCUCCACCGACUGGGCCCGGGGCAGCCACAGCUCAGCGAGCAGCCAGCCUGGCCAGGGGGCGGGGCCUCCGUGCGGCAGGGGCAAGCAUGGGGCCUCCACCCACGAGCUGCCCCACGGCAGGUAUGAGGACCAGUUUGGCGGCCAGGGAGACGCCAGUCCCGUCCCCACAUCUUCCCUGUCCCGGAGGCAUGCAGCGCCCCCCAAGGCCCCCUCUUCCUCCUCCGAGCACGGCCACAAGGAGGUCGGUCGCUGCAAAUCUCCCACGGAGCAGGACCUGGCCUCCCACGGCGCCUCCUCUCCGGUGGCCUCCACCUCUCUCCUCCCGAGCGGACUCUCCACGCCUAACUUCCCCCCGGGGAUCCACUCCAAGCCCAGCGCCAUCCAGCAGAAACCCACGGCCUACGUCAGGCCCAUGGACGGCCAGGACCAGGUCCCCAACGACUCGCCGGAGCUGAAGCCCCGCCCAGAGAUCGGGGACGGCUACGGCGCGGCCCCGUUCGGAGGCCUGAUGGAGGGCAAGGGCGGAGCCGGCAACACCAAAAGCAAGCUGCCCAAGCUGACCCUGCCGCAGCCCGGAGAGGUCAGCCUGUCGAACGACUCCAGCUGCGUUGAGGAAAUUCUACGGGAGAUGACCCACUCCUGGCCUCCGCCUCUGACCGCCAUCCACACGCCGGGCAAGGCAGAACAGACCAAGUUUCCCAUCCCCUCCAAGGACUCGCAACAUAUAACCUCAGGAUACAACGGCCAAAAGAGGUGCAAUGUUUCCAGUAACAAGCCUGCAACCAAGUCGGUUCCACAGAAGUCAAUGCUGGAGGAUGACCUCAAACUCAGCAGCGAUGAGGAGGACAGUGAACAGGCUACAGAAAAGACCAAGCAAAGAAGUGCUCCUCUCAAUCUCCCUGGGCCAACGGUUCGGAAUGGCGAGCCAGGUCACUCCAGCGGCGCCUCGGGCAGUUCCAGCGAGUCGGAGAGCAGCUCGGAGUCAGACUCGGACAGCGAGAGCAGCUCCAGCGACAGCGAGUGCAACGAGGCGUCACGUGGAGCCAGUCCAGAGCCUGAACCUCCAUCAACUAAUAAGUGGCAAUUGGAUAAGUGGCUGAACAAGGUAAAUCCCCACAGCAAGGCUCUGAUCAGCACCCAGCCUGAGAGCCAUGGGAUCAGCCACUCUCAACCUGGUGACAGCCAGGGAGAUGAGGGCCAUGGCCCAGAGAAGGGCAAACCGAGUGGAGCCCUAUCUCAGCCCGACACCAAGGAAAGAGCCCUUCUCAGCCCUGUCCGGGAGAAGGGGAAGCCCAGGACAGCCCAAAAAGCCCCUGAGGGCAAGGGUACCAAGCUCAAGUCCCCACCUGUGGUGGAACUGCCCCCACCCCGAAGGACCACAGGCAAAAAGCAGCCCAAGAAGGUUGAGCGUGGGCCUGGUGGGGAGGAGCCCAGCUGGCCCAAACCCGCUAUCCCCAGCUCCGUCCCCAAGGAGAAGGAACCACCUCCCCCGGAGCUGCCCAAAGUUCGGGGCAAAGGUGCCAACGGUAAGACCGCCCCGAGGAAAGAGCCCCGCCCUGCCAGUGUUCCGGCCCCCGCGCCAGAAAAGAAGAAGCACCGAGGGCCAAGCAAGAUCAUCCCAAAGUCCAAGGAGUUCAUCGAGACGGAGUCCUCAUCGUCCGAGUGCCACUCGGACCUGGAGGAGCAGGCAAAAAUCCCGCUCCUCUGCCCCGGCCCCACCGUCGGUGGCCUGCUCAAAGCCAAGGACUGCAGCAGCAGCAACAUCCUGAGCAUCAGCAGCCUCACCAGCACCAGCAGUACUUCCAUACCCGACCCAGGGGCUGGGGAUCUGCUGGAGGACCCCCUCUUCUCACCCAUCCCCGCUGCCCAGAGCGUGCUGCUGUCCCCGCUCAGAGACUUGGAGGAGGUCAAGUCACUCUGGGUCAAAAUUGAACUCAGCUUUCUGUCCCGAAUCCCUGGGCGGGACCCCCCAGACCCACCCCCCACAAAAGCCGAAGCCCGGGACUCGAGCGCUAAGCACAGACGGCAGUCUCCUGUCCCUGCCCCUGCAGAAAAGCCUCCCAGCAAAUCCAAAAGGAAACACAAGUCUGAGAACUGUGAUGCAGUCGCUGGGAGCAAGAAGAUGCGGCUGGAGAAGGAGACGGCACUGCUUCCACCGUGUAUAUCCCCCAUACACACCCACAAGCUCACCAGCACAAAAGACAGCAUAUUGAGGAAACAGCCAAGGAAGAGAGAGGAGAAGCUCCUUCCACCCCCGCUGUCUCCUCUCUCCAGUGAAACCACACACCAGCACAGAAACAGUGAAGGCAGCACUUUCAGCCAAGAGGGUGGCGCCAAUUCUACCAGCACCCUACCCCCCAGCUGCUCGUUUCCUCCAUGUUCUUCAUCUUCCUCAUCCUCGUCCUCGUACAAACACCGCAAACUAGACAGCAAAUCGGUCACACUUUCCAAGGCUGUAAAUGAUGAAGAUGCUUACAGCAAACCUUCCGGAAGUUUCCACGGCAGCAGUCAAAGUGACACAGACCUGUGGCCAAGUUCAUUGUCGACAUCGCUGGACUGCUCGGAACACAGGCGGCCAAAGCUGACAUUUGAUGACACACUUCACAAUGCAGACUACUACAUGCUGGAAGCCAAGAAAUUGAAGCACAAAGCAGAUGCACUGCUGGAGAAGUUCGGCAAGGCCGUUAACUACACCGACGGCGCGCUCUCGUUCAUCGAGUGCGGCAACGCCAUGGAACGGGACCCAUUAGAGGCCAAAUCGCCGUACACCAUGUACUCGGAGACGGUGGAGCUCAUCAGGUACGCGUUGCGGUUAAAGAACUUCACCAGUCAUUCAGCCUCUGUGGCUGAGAAGAAACUAGCAGUUUUGUGCUAUAGAUGUUUAUCACUCCUGUACCUGAGAAUGUUCAGACUGAAGAAGGACCAUGCGAUGAAGUAUUCCCGUUCUCUAAUGGAAUAUUUUAAGAAUUCAGCAAAGAAUUCUCAAGCACCUUCUCCGUGGGGGACCAACGGGAAGAGCACGGGGACCCCGUCGCCCAUGUCCCUGAGCCCGUCGCCGGUCAGCUCGGUCAGCAGCAGCGGGGGCCCGGUCGGCUCCUCUUCCUCCUCCUCCUCCUCCGGCGGCAGCGUGGCCAUCCCCCAGCGCAUCCACCACAUGGCCGCCAGCCACGUCAACAUCACCAGCAACGUCCUGCGCAGCUACGAGCACUGGGACACCGCCGACAAGCUCUCCCGGGAAAGCCAAGAGUUCUUUCAGGAACUGAACUCAGUAAUGGAGCCAUUGACCCAACACAGCAGCAUGACAGAACUGGUCCGCUACGUGCGCCAAGGGCUGCACUGGCUGCGGAUAGAGGCGCAGCUCUUAUAGUGCUGGGACUGGAGCGCCACGUCACUCACACCUCCAUCACUACCUCUACCAGCAUACGCAUCUCCACCAAUAAAGCCCGGAGGACCUGGCUGCCUUCGCCCGCUCCUCCAGCACUGUAGCUCGCGUGCUCCAUCUUUAUCCCAAGGUCACCUUUCUUCACAUUUUCUCCUUCCAAUUGUUUGGAACAAUUGUUUCCUUUGCCAGAAAGUUUAACCACACCUCCAGGUUGGAUGGAUGUUUAGAACCCUCCCUUCAAAAAUAUAUAGUUCUAAAUAUUUUUACGGAACAUCCGCACAAGGUCCUUUCAGUCCACUCUGAGAAUAAUUAGCAGUAACUCACAACCUCCUUUGAAGGCUGAGUUAAAUGCUAUAUUUUCUUUUUGCCAUUUAAAAAAGAAGACCAUAAUCAUCUGUAACAAACCAUAUAAUGUAUUUCAGUCAGCUACUUAAGAUUGCGCUUCACAACUCUUUUGCAGUGGGAGAUAUAUACCUGUUUGUGUUUAAGACAUGAAGUAAAAUAGUAUUUCAUUAACUGGGCAAAUUGCAAAUAUAUGAAUCACAAUAUAUCAAGUUAGCAGGCUAUUAGAAACCACAGGUCUAACUUACUAGUUUUAUGAGAAAUACCUUAGUUUUAAAUAGGGAAGAGCACAAUGUGCGUGUUGCCAAAUAGUCUUGAACAUUGCAUAUCCAUCUGUGAAAGCACUGGUAGCAGGUAUCACAAGUAAAGUUAACCUUCAGUGUUACUGAUUCAUUAAAAGCAUUCAUUUUUGGUAAGAUCAGGAACUAGACUUCCCAUGAUUGCAUGGGACAGAAAACACUGUUUUAAUUUAUUUAACAGUACAGCUUUCUGAAACACUACAUUAGCUCCCACCCCAUAAAAGAGAUUACCUGGCCUUUUUUCCUAUAUAUGUGUAUAUGUUAUGUCACAGUGUGAGUAGAUUUUAUUGUGUUCUUACCCACAGUUGUAAGGGCUAGCAUAGGCCUGAGGCAGAGUACAUUAUUAAUCUGACUGGCAGGAUAAUAGUCUCUUCAUCUUCACUGUGUCUGGACCAAGGUAAUUAUUAUUAACUGAAAUUAAAAACAAAAACGAAUAUAUAAAAAUGUAUAUAUUUAAUAUAAAUAUAUCAUAUAAAACAAAUAUUAAUAUUUUUGGUUUUGAUCUGGUCGCAAGCGUGUAUGAGAGUAUAUAUUUUGACAUGAAUAAAAUGAUCUUUUUUCUGUUAAUUGAAAUGACGUUGUGCUUCAUAGUGUUUGGGACAAAUACUUGUUUUUUUUGGCUCUGUACGCCACAAUCUUAGAUUUGUAAUCAAAUAAUACACGUGAUCAAAGAGCACAUUCUCCACUUUUAUUUAAUGGUAUUUCCAUGCACUUUAGUUUCUCCAUGUUGAAAUUACAUACAAUUACAAACAUAUACUGUAGCCCCUGAUUUCAGAGCACAAUUGAACACACCUGAUUAAUCAGAAACACCUGUGAAACCAUUUGUCCCAGACAUGGUGUCCUCAAAUGGGGGACUAUAAAAAGUGCUUUAAUUUCUACAUGGUGAAACCACAGUGUAUAAAAAUACCCUUUAAUAAAAGCUGAGAAUCUGCACUUUAACCGCAAGUAAAUUGUUUGCUUACAAAUCUAAAAUUGUGUACAAAGCCAAAGCAAGAAAAAAAUGUCUUUGUUCCAAACACUAUUGAGCUCUCUGUAUGUUGCAAGAUGGUAGUCCCACUCCAAACCCUGAGGUUGUUGGGGAUAUUACCCACCACCAUUAUGGCUAGCAUUAAAUAGCGAUCUGAGAAAAUAUGUUUACUUUGAGUAUAAUACAUUAAUUGACAAAUACAAACGUAUGGUUGUUGUAGGUAGUGGGGUACAUGGCUUGCAAAUCAAAUUGAAAAUAAUAAAAAAUACUAAAAAUAAUAAUAAUAAUUAAUAUGUUAAAAAUUUAAACUAAUCUAAAACUGGAAUACAUUGAAAAACUGAAACUAGCAAACACUCUAAACUAAAUUAGACAGUGGGAUCGAAACUAAACUAAACUAAACUUAAAACUCAAUUUAAAAAUAAAACUAUAACUAGAAGAGUGCACUCAGUAGAGUGCAGAUCUCCGCCAGGCAUUCCAAACG